CGUGGACCCGAUGCUGUCCACCGCUACAUAUGGGGCCGAUUCGCCGCCCGACGAGCCCUCUUGCUGGUCAUUCUUCACCUCCCGUCGACGUUGAGACCACCGUUGAGGACCCAGGACUUCCCCCAGAUACUGCCACUCCCGCCCCUUUCGCUACUACUUUCGAGCUCCAUGAUUUGCCUCCAGCCAUCCAUAAUAGCAUAGCAACGCCCGACUGCCGUGUCUCUGAUGACCAAUUCCAGGCACACGAGGCUGUCCGUAAUCGCACUCGACCUGCCUCUUCUUCCCCGGAACUGGGCAUGUCGCGCGCCCCCUUGCUGGUGCGUUCCUCACCCGCACAGGGAACUGGUUCCUAUGGCGGACUCCCCGUGCUCUCAAUGAGCUCCAGCCCGGGAAGCCCAGAUCUGGAAUCCCCUCGAAGGAGCUCUGCAGCACCACUGGGAAGCAAGACCAAAGGGAAACGGAAGCAUAGGGAAACAGAUCCCUCAUCUUCCCAGCCCGCUCACGUCUUCAACCGUGAUCGAGAGGACUCGAUUCACAGCGCCCCAGUGACUGCAGCAACGAAGCGCCGUCGUAGUAGCAUCUGGAACCGCCCCAGUAGUGAGGCCAGCGACCGGCUUCUGCGGGAUGAGUCCCUGUUGGAUUCGCGGUUUAACUCGAGUGGCAUGACUCCUAUGCCUACCGGAGCACCGCACCUUUUUCAACCCCUGGACGCUGCAUCAAUAAGCAGCCAGGUGGAGGAACGGGACGAGAGCGAAUCCACCAUCAGCGAUGACCUCAAUGAGUUCAAGCCCACUGCUCCACCUCAAGACAAUUCCCCAUAUGCGCAGGUCCGCGCUUCCGUGGCGGCUACCGAUGAUAUUUCCCUUUCCAUCAACACUCCGCGAAUGUGGACGCUCUCCAUAGUCUUCGCCGUCUUAGGAUCAUCCACAAAUCUGUUCUUUUCCUUGAGAUACCCUAGCGUUAGCAUCACUCCCAUCAUUGCACUCUUAUUAGUCCAUCCCUUGGGUCUUCUGUGGGAUCAGAUCCUCAAACGGGCGGAUGAUCCUGAAGAGACCUUUGUCAACGGGACCAUCAGUCGUGGUAUCGGGUCCCCAGACAGUGCUUCUUACACGAAUGGCACCUCUUCCGCAUAUGUGCGUUCUUCGCAUUUAGCUCAAGCUCAGCAGUCCUGGAAACGCAGGCUCCGGCUCUGGUUAGCUCAGGGUCGUUGGAAUGAAAAGGAGCAUUGCUGCGUAUACAUCAGCAGCAAUGUGUCGUUCGGUUUUGCAUUUGCAACGGAUGUUAUUGUGGAGCAGACCAAGUUCUACCAUCAGGACCUUAGCAUCAUAUAUCAGAUACUUCUGACCCUCUCCACGCAAAUCCUGGGUUACGCACUGGCAGGGCUUACACGUCAGUAUCUUGUCCGACCAAGCGGCAUGAUCUGGCCUGCAACCUUGGUUUCCACUGCCAUGUUCACCGCAUUACACAAGGAGCAAAAUAAACCAGCCAAUGGCUGGACUGUAUCCCGCUCCCGAUUCUUCCUAUACGUGUUCCUCGGAGCGCUUGCAUUCUACUUCCUCCCGGGGUUACUCAUGCCCGCGUUGAGUAACUUCAGCGUAAUCACUUGGUUUGCACCCAACAAUGUCGUGAUCGCCAACCUCUUUGGUACCUCAUCCGGACUUGGCCUGUUCCCAGUGACUUUUGAUUGGGCGCAGAUUUCCUAUAUUGGAUCGCCGUUGGUCGUCCCGUUCUGGGCGGCGUUGAAUAUCAUCGGUGGUCUCGUCGUCGUCAUGUGGAUCAUGGCCCCCUUGAUGUAUUAUGCCAAUGUGCUAUACUCUGCGUAUAUGCCCAUCCUUUCGGCCGCAGUGUUUGACAAUAAAGGAAAGCCGUACGACGUCAGUAAGAUCCUGACUGACAACUUCCUGUUCGACGAGGAAGCGUACAAGAACUACAGUCGGGUGUUUCUGCCCAUCACUUAUGUUCUCAGCUAUGCCCUGCAAUUUGCUGCGCUCACAGCAUUGCUGUCACACACAGUGCUCUGGCAUGGGAGAGACAUCUGGCGACAGUGGCGGCGAUCCUAUGCUGAGAUAAGGAGACAGAAGGGGCCAGAGUACCAACCAAUACCUGGGAACACCGACGACACUACCAGUCCUGCAGCAUCGCGACCCGACCGUGCCAGCACCAGCGUCGACCGUGAGCCUGACCUGGAGCACCUCCUCACCGCCGAAGACGUUCAUAACCGGCUUAUGCGGCGGUACGAUGAUGUGCCUGUUUCCUGGUACAUCCUUACCGGCCUGAGCAUGACCGCCAUUGGCAUCUUUGUUGUAGAGUACUACCCCGUUCACCUCCCUUGGUACGGACUCCUUCUUGCUCUGAGCAUCGGCGGCAUCCUCUUCAUUCCCAUCGGCAUCGUAAUGGCCAUCACCAACCAACAAAGCAGCCUGUACCUCAUCUGUCAACUCAUCUGUGGCGUCGCCUUCCCUGGCCGCCCCGUCGCGAACAUGGUCUUCACCACCUACGGCUACAUCACGUCGACACAGGGCCUCAAGUUCUCCUCCGACCUCAAACUGGGGCACUACAUGAAAAUCCCGCCGCGCAUCCUCUUCUACCUCCAGCUCUCCGCCACCGUCAUCUCCUCCCUCACGCAAAUCGGCGUCCUGAACUGGAUGCUCAAGUUCAUCCCCGGCAUCUGCACCCCCGAAGCCGUCGACCGCUUCACCUGCCCCAUCGCGCGCGUGCACUUCAACGGCAGCAUCCUCUGGGGUGUCGUGGGUCCCCGCCGCUUCUUCGGCCCCGGCGCCCUCUACCGCCCGCUCAUCUGGGCCUUCCUCGUCGGCGCCGUCGCCCCCGUCGUCCUCUGGCUCUUCGCUCGCAAGAACCGCAAGUCCCUCCUGCGCAAGGUCAACCUGGCCGUCGUGUUCGGCAGCCUGAGCUGGAUCCCCCCCGCCACGGGGCUCAACUUCUCCGUCUGGGGAAUCGUGUGCUACCUCUUCAAUUACCGGAUUCGGAGGAGCAGGACGGCGUGGUGGGAAAAGUACAAUAUGACGUUGAGCGCGGCGCUGGAUUCGGGCGUGGCGGUGGGGUUGGUGGUGAUUUUCUUCGGGGUCGUGUUUCCUGGUUGGAUGAAGGGGUUCAGGUGGUGGGGGACUGAGGUGUUUAAGCAGGGCUGCGACUGGCGCGCCUGUGCCUACAAAACCGUCCCCGACAACGGCCGCUUUGGACCCAGUGAUUGGUAAUUUACUGUGAAGACGAACAUCAUGACGACGACGACGAUGACGAUGAUGACAGCAAGAGAUCUGGUUACGAUGGACGAAGUAUGAACCAUUGUUUGCUUUUUGCGCAUAUUAUAGAUUUGAACGCGCUGAAAUUGGUCUGAUUUGGAGCUAUUUGCAUUGCAUAGUCAGCCGGGCGUUUCUGGGGGAUCUAGAGUUGAUUGAUUUCUUGAAUUGUGGCAGAUGGCUGUGGGAGGAGAGGGAGGUAGGCAUGGGUUACGAGGUGUUGUUGCAUAGGGGUGCUGGUGGCGUGGAUAUUAUAUUGGUUGUAUAUAGCGCGGGAAGAAUGGAUAGG